AUGAACUUAUCGGAGAUAGAUGACAAAUAUUUAGAAUUGGCAUAUGAAGAGGCCAACGUAGCCUUUGAGGAACGAGAAGUACCCAUUGGCUGUGUUUUUGUUAAAGAUAAUGCGACGCUUCAUGCAGAGAUGGUUGCGAUUUCACGCACUCUAGGGGCCAAUGGGAACGAUCCCACGAUCUUUGAAGGAAGUACUUUAUAUGUGACAAUUGAGCCGUGUAUUAUGUGUGCCUCUGCGAUAGCUCAGAUUGGGGUCAGUAGAGUUGUAUUUGGAGCGUCCAAUGAUCGCUUUGGAGGCUGUGGUUCGGUUCUCUCGCUUCACGAUCAGAACGAAUUUAGCGCUGGCCAUAAGCACUAUGAGGUGACACGACAUAUCCAGAAAGAGCGGUCGAUCGAGAUUUUACAGCGGUUUUAUAACCGUGAAAACGAGCAUGCCCCGGAGAACAAAAAGCGAAAGAAGGGUUCGUGA